GACGAGUCGGACAUUUUGGCAUCGAGCGAGUAAAACUUUAUUUUAACCUUAUCUCAUGGUGUCAGGUUUAAACUCAGGUUCGGUUAUUCUGUGAAAAUACCAACAGAAUCAGACUUUUAUCACCAUUAAAGUGUCGGAUCAUCUGACCUUGAGAACACAGACAUGCCUGCUGUGACUCUGUCGCUCUGCUCCACGUUGCUGUUUGUCGGAGUCUUCCCGUUUGUCUCUGCAGACCAGAAAAACAUCACUGCUGAGUCUGGACAGGACGUCACUCUGCCAUGUCGAGCUCCAAACAACAACAUCAUAGUGUUAGAGUGGACGAGAGCUGAGUAUGGAGCUAAUUAUGUCUUUUUGUACCGGGAUGGGCGUUUUGAUCCAGCCAACCAGCAUCCAUAUUUUAAGAACCGGGUGGAUCUGCAGGACAGACAGAUGAAGGAUGGAGACGUGUCUUUGAUUUUGAAGGAUGUGACGAUUAAUGAUACUGGAACAUACAAGUGUGGUGUUUUCAUGAGAGAAACACGCUUAUGGCAGCUCAGCAUCAUCUACCUUACUGUUGUUGAUCCUCCAGGUCAGCCAAGAGGAGACAGAGAGGAUCGAGGGAACACAGAUGCAGUGAAAAAGGAUGGAUCUGGUGGACUGAUUGUUAGUUUGUCCAUUUGUGCUGUACUUCUUGUGGCUGGUGUUUUUGGUUUUCUGAUCUACAGAAAACAGUCUCGAGAUUCAAAUGAGCAUCCUGCUGAUAGUGAAAUACCUCUUCAGACUUAAGAUCAUCUCUCACAAAAAUAAGAUUGUAUUAUAUUGUUGUGAAGGGAUGUGCUCAGUUGGGCCACGGCAGGGGAGGCAGAUGCACCUGAGUGGCUUACAGUCUGAAUUGUCUUUGUUGUUGUUGUUGUUGUUGUUGUUGUUGGGGAAGUAUUCAGCUGUGAGCUGGAAAACUAAAGCUCUGUGUUUGUGUGAAAAGUGACAGCAACCAAGAGUAAUGAAUGAAUGCUGAAAAGCAUUAAUUCGUGGACAGGUCAGCCAAGGGAUGAGCUGGCCCAAAUGGUGGCCAUGUUGAGGGAGCAGGACCAGACUGAGUGCCACAUGCAGCGGCUGGCAGCUCAGAUCGGUUCCUGGCCAGUGCUGCCACCCGCAACUGCUACACGACUACCGGGGCCCGCGGGCUGUCUCCGGACCCACCUCAUCCCUGCUGCUGCUGGAUAUGCGGGCGGGCCCCUGUCAUGCCCGGGUCUGUAAAGAAUCUAUUACAUUUGCAUUUUUUUAAAUGUUGUUUUAGUUUAACACUGAGGGCUGAAGGAGCACUACAGUUUCAAAUUCCUGUGUAAAAUUUGCAAUAAUAGGCCCAAAUAUGCUGUUGUUGUUGAGGAUUUUGUUGUGUAUUUUGGAAAACAAGAGAUCUUUGUAGCCUAUGUGGUGUGCCUUAGCAGAUUCAAUCAUUUUCCAUGAAAUACUAGCCUCUGGGUUAACCCAUGUGCUAAGCGUCCUGAUUUGGAAUGACCAAUAGAGAAAUUCAAAAUUUAGUACUGCCGAAGCACCAAGCAAUUUGUGCCGCUGCAGUGUUGACAAAUGUACCCUAGGCCUUUUCCCAUUCCAAAUAAAUUUAGACAACAUAGAAUGUAUAUCCUUUAAGUAAGUACAUUUAUCUGUAUUUAUUUUUUAUUUAAGUGUUUUAUCUUAUAGUAUGUUUCACACUAAGUACUGCAGCAAUUUCCUAAUGUUGUAAAUCUGCUCAACAUCUGGCACUAAACCCUUUUCUGUCGAAGGCUUUCUCCGACUCAAGUGAGAAUACUGCACAUGGAUCUUCAUAGCCAUCUGCAGGAUAUGUAUAUGCAUAUGUAUGCAUGGAGCAGGAUGGGGAGGAGUGGAUGUUGUCUAAGCUAACAUCCAUCAUGGGCAACAUCUCCCAACCCCUGCAUGAGCACCAAGCAGCCCGUUCAGCAGUAGACUUUUACACCCACAGUGCAGGAAGGAGCACUACCACAGGUCAUUCUUGUCAGCAACUAUCAGACUCUAUAACACAGCUUAACACUGUUUUACAUUUUGGUGGUUAUCUCACUCAUCAGCUUGUUUGUUUUCUGUACAUUUUAUACAAAUCUCUGUACAAUUUUUUGAUGCUUAUUCCUGUACAUUGUUACCUGUAUAUACGAACUUGUUUAUGUAUAUAGGACCACUUUGUGUCUUCCUUCUAUAUUCCCCUUGAUGUAAGAGCUGUGUUACAUCCAAAUUUCUAAUUCGUGGGAUAAUAAAA